AUGGUCAACGUGCCGAAAGCCAGAAGAACCUUCUGUGACGGAAAGUGCCGCAAGCACACCAACCACAAGGUAACCCAAUACAAGAAGGGAAGAGAUUCCAAAUUCGCUCAAGGUAUGUUGAUUUUUCGUUGUUUUUCUUCACUGAAUGUUUUACUCAAUGCAAUAUUCUUUAGGACGUCGUCGUUACGAUCGUAAACAAUCCGGAUUCGGAGGUCAAACCAAACCAAUCUUCAGAAAGAAGGCCAAGACCACCAAGAAAAUCGUCUUGAGAAUGGAGUGCACUGACUGCAAGCACAAGAAGCAACUCUCCAUCAAGAGGUUGGUUAUUUUCAAAAAUUUCUUACAUUUAGUGAGAAGAACGUCAUGAGAAAAUAAUUUCGUAGUAAUUUUUGAAGAAAUUGUUUUUCUCCAAAAGUUUGUGAUUAUCGAAUAAUUUCGAAAUUAUUCGAAAGCAUGAUACUUUGUCUUAUUCUCACUGGGAAGAUUUUAUAUUUUCUCAAGCAAAACUUUUCAAAAAUUACAAAUAUUAAUUCCACUUUUUCCAGAUGCAAACACUUCGAACUUGGAGGACAAAAGAAGUCGAGAGGACAAGUCAUUCAAUUCUAA